AUGUCGCACUUCGAAGACAAUAAUCCCUUUGAUGAUUCUGAUCGUCCGGCCUUCCUCAACAUCUCAUCACCCACCAUGACGGCUGAAUCUGCAGACGAACCGACACAGCUCGCAGCGCCGGGUCAACACUCCAAGGACCACGUCUCGACUUUUUCAAACAUGCGUCGUGCUUCCUCUAGUUUCCAAGGCCGGUGUCAACGUAUCGAUCAGAUCCUACCAUUCCUCGAAGCAGGUGGCACGAUUCACAUUAUUGAUGCCGGUAAGAAUAUGGAAGGCGCAGGCGGUGCAUUCAUCACUUAUACGAUUCGGACGGGUGAUUUGGAGGUACGCAGACGUUACAGUGAAUUUGAAAGCUUGCGUGCAAGUCUAGCGCGCUUAUAUCCAUGUAUGAUCGUUCCACCCAUCCCGGAGAAGCAGAGCGUCACAGAGUAUGUCAGUGGCACUGCACGGGCGCGCGAGAAUGUUCCAACGAUUGAGCAUCGUAAGCGGAUGCUAGAGACGUUUCUUCAACGGUCUGCAAGACAUUCACAUCUUCGAAAAGAGCGUGUACUGCAUAAGUUUCUCGAUCCGAAUGUUUCAUGGAGCGAGGUGCUCACGUCGCCACCAAUUUCUCUGCUACCAAAGAAUAUCCUGCGUGCACCGCCCAAUGAUCCUGCAUCAGCGCACGAUGAUCCUGCGUAUGCCAAUCUACCGAUUCCAGCACAUACGUCCAAGGCCUCUAAGACGGCAACAGAUCCAGUCUCGGUACGCUUGUUGGCCGUUGAGAAGAAUUCCAAGGAGUUUGAAGGGCUCCUUGCAUCGACUCUUGAGAAAACCAACCGACGCACUCUCAAGCGCUUCAAUGACUUGUCUGUCGAGUACAAUGAGCUCGGUGGCGAUUUCAAUGCAUUUUCUCUCUCUGAACCGCCUCAGCUGGCAAGUUCCAUUGAAAAGCUCGGUCAAGCCUGCGAUGAGACGUAUUUGUCUACCAGUAAUCUAGUCUUUACGCUGAGCAACGCCUUUACAGAGCCGCUCGGGGAACAAACACAGAUGCUUGCCAUUGUCCGGCAAGUACUGAAAUACAGACGACAAAAGAUGACACAGGUAGAGCAAGCGGGUGAGCUGCUUGCAGCAAAACGAGCACAGCUAGAGCAACUCGAACGAUCAGAGCAGGAAGCUAAACGGAUUGAUGGUGCACUCAAUCGACUCGGUGAGCCUGCUGCGGGAGAAUUCCCACCCACGCAUGAUCCUGCACCUGUUGCAGCACAAUCAGAGACGCUAGCGAGGAAACCCGCUUCAACACCCUUAAGCGUCGGUAGCUUCAAGUUUGGUCUUGGGAAGCUGAAUCAUGCCAUUCACUCACUCACAGACACAGAUCCUGCCUUGACGCGCAGGCAAAAAAUUGGUGCGACACGGGAGUUGAUUGCAGCGCUCGAGGUGGCGGAGCAAAACAGUGUGCGCGACUUGAAGUAUGUCGAUGAGACCAUUUCUCAAGAAGUAGAGACGUGGGAGGAUUCAAGGCGGGAAGAUUGGCGGCGGUUGAUGGAGUCUGUGGGUGUUGCGUAUGUGGCCUGGGCGAGGAAGGCACUCGAGUCGUGGACAGAAGCGCUGCAGACCAUUGAAGAUGUACCCGCGCACGAGUACUUCUGA